AUGGCGAAACCCACUUCUGAUUCCAACACCGCCAGUGCCACGGCUCCCGUGAAAUACAAUGUCGGCUGGCGAAGGGUCGUUCGGAAUUUUAGUCCCUCAUGGUUUGCUGUCACAAUGGGGACCGGGAUUGUGUCGGUACUACUCAACUCGGUGCCAUUUCACACUCCGGUCUUGUACUAUCUUUCCAUCGUCUUUUACAUCCUCAAUGCCGUCAUCUUUGUGUUGGCGUUGGCCACCUCUAUGCUUCGAUACACGUUAUAUCCGGAGAUCUGGCCAGUGAUGAUUCGAGAUGCAACAAACUCGCUAUUUCUGGCAACCGUCCCCAUGGGAUUUGCGACGCUGAUCGAGAUGUGGGUCAACAUCUGUGUGCCCCAGUGGGGCGACUGGGCUGUCUCUGUUGCAUGGGUUUUAUGGAUGGUGGACGUCGUGGCUGCAGCCUCACGUCACAUAACGUCAUUGGACCGCAUCACUGCACUUCAGUUGUUGCCCAUUGCCGCGACGAUUGUCGCUGCCGGUGCAGGUUCUAAAGUGGCUGAUAUCCUUCCGAACCAACAACAUGCAAUGGGCACCUUACUUGCUUCCUUUGUACUCUGGGGAAUGGGGACUCCCCUCGCCAUUAUUGUGUUAGUUAUUUACUAUCAGCGACUGGCGGUCCAUAAGCUUCCCCCACGAGAGAUGAUCGUGAGCUGCUUCCUACCCUUGGGACCUCUUGGGUUUGGUGGCUUUGGUAUUCUUAAUAUUGGGAAAGUCGCCCGAAAGCUUCUCGAUGGCUCCGACAUUUUAGAUCCCAUCGCAGGUCCAAUGGCUUAUGUCCUAGGUGUAUUCAUAUCCUUGGUAAUGUGGAGCUUUGGCUUGAUCUGGUUAGUCUUUGCGCUCGCCACUGUUGUGUACAGUUCACCUUUUCCAUUUAACAUGGGCUGGUGGGGCUUUACAUUUCCCCUUGGAGUUUAUGCGGCCAAUUCAAUAGAACUUGGGAUUGAAUUAGACCUCAUGUUCUUCAAGGUUUUCGGAACGAUUUUAAGUACUGCUGUGCUUUUGCUAUGGGCUCUUGUUGGGUUUCACACAGCGAUGGGGGCCUGGCGAGGGAACUUGUUCUACGCUCCCUGUCUUCAAAAUCUGACUUUUAGAGACUCAUCAGAGCACGAGUUUCCCUUCCUUCAGGAGGUCUUCACUCCUCAAGACGCCCACAAGAUCGAUUUUGUUUUCGUCCACGGCCUUAACCCCCGAGGUCGUAAUGAUCACCCUUUUGAAACCUGGACUCAUGCAAAUGGUGUAUUCUGGCCAACAGAAUUCCUGGCAGCCGAUAUUCCAUAUGCCCGUGUCUUUGUGUAUGGCUACAACUCCAACAUCACACAUCCUCAAACCAUGUCUACUGCAAGUAUCAAGGAUCACGCCAACACUUUGUUAAAUUUGUUAGACAUGGAGAGAAGCCCUCAAUUUGCUUUAUUGAAUGCCAAGGAAGAUCCCAAAUACAAUUCCAUCCGCAACGCUACAUCCGGCCUCGUUUUCUUCGGCACUCCUCAUCGUGGCGCAAAGGCAGUGGAGCUAGGGAAGAUUGCCGCCCGAGUUGCAAAGUUCGUUUCCAAGGGCAAUGCCAGUAACGACCUGCUCGACUGCCUUGAGCACAAUUCCCUCUUCACUCGACAGAUGAGUGAUCGCUUUCGCCAUCAGCUGGAAGAUUAUCGCGUGGUCAGCUUUAUAGAAGGCAAGGAAGUACAGAUUGGAGGAAUAGGCCCAGCCUCACUUAGUCAUCUUGUCGUUGACGAGGAGUCUGCGGUAUUGGGAUUAUCUGGUCUGCGUGAAACCCAACUCAAGCUCGAUGCAGAUCACUCGCAAAUGUGUAAAGUUGGUGCUCGUGGGCCUAUGUACCGUCUUAUCAAAGGAAAUAUCAAACAACUUGUCGACCAGGCGCUAUUAUCCGAGCAAGGGUUCAUCCCACAGCCAACGCCUGCUCCCUCAGUCGGUCCAACUCCACCGCCGGUACCACCGCGCAUGCAUUCUAAUAGCAGCAAUCCAUACCAGCCACCAGGACGCGCCACCGCGCCGACACAAAUCGUAUCCGGGACCAUCUAUACCGCUAAUGAUAAUGAUCCUCGCGCAAUCCAAUGUGCCGAGUUGAAAAACAAAGGCAAUUGGGACCAGGCCCGGGAUGUCGAAUACGAUAUCUUCCAGGAGCAUCUGCGAGCUCUUGGUCCAGAUCACCACAGUACACUAUCAGCCGGCUAUAAUCUAGCACAGAUAGAGCUAGAAAGCAGCUUCCUUGAAAAAGCAACAGAGUGGUGCCAAUGGGUUUCUGAUGGUACUCAGCGACUGUUUGGAACAAGACAUGCGCUGUCGAUGAAGACAGAAAGCCUCAUGGCGGAGAUUAUGUGCCAGCGAGGACAGUACCAAGAGGCUGAGUCUAUGUGUGCAAAUGUGCUCGCUCGCCAACAGAUGAACAUUGGGGAGGAUCAUCUGGAUACCUUGGCAACGCGAAGACGACUGGCUAUGGCCUAUAAUUCUCUCAGCAGGAGGGAAAACGCUAUUGCGACCGCGGAGAAACUUGCCGACAGCUAUAAGCGCUUGCUUGGAGAUAACCAUGUCCUCGUUUUUGUAGCGGCUCUCGACAUGCUAGAGUAUGUUAUCUAUAACCAUGGUGACAAUAACGGGGUAAACACAAUGAUUUUCCGACCCGAUGUCAAACGAGCAUUUGAGAUUAUCCCAACCGUUCAUGAGGAACUUCUCGCAGGGCUUGGUCGCAUACAUCCACUCACCAUCCGAGCCCUCUGCCUGCAUGGCCGAGGCCUUAUCUGCGCGCAGGAAAAUAUGGAAGCUUCCGAAACUCUUCGACGAGCACUCGCGAUUUCAGAGGAAGCUUUGGGACCAGAGCACCCACUAACCAUGGAUAUUGUUGGAAAUAUUGGUGUGAUGUAUGCGCUGCAAGCUCCUCAAUAUUAUGUUGGAUCCAGUCCUCCAUCCGAGGCCCUUCCAUGGUUGGCCCGGUAUGUGGACUGGGUCGAGCGGCGGCGAGGCAUUCAGAAUCCCGAAACCCUGGCGACUUUGGAAAUGCUGGCCAAUCUUCAUUUUGUUGCGAAGGAGUACGAGUCUGCCCAGAAAUACUUUGAGCGCGCGAUGGUCGCCUGUCGAGGCAAUAACCCAGCGGCAGAGAAACGUAUCGAUAACCUCUUACAACUCUGUCGUGCAAAUACCAUGUGGGGCAAUGGGAAUCGACGCGAUGGUAUAGAGGGGAUCCUGUCGGCUUUUCAGCGGCAGCGAUUCUAG